UGCAAAAUUUUCCGAUAUGGCUGCAAGUGUGACAUGUUUAUUACCUUGAUAUAUUGCAUUUAAUACGUUCAUUAUUAUAAUAUGGGAUUAACAUUAAUUCUUAUAUAUUUUUGUUGCAUUUUUAAAGCAUAUGGAUUUCAAAAUAAACUCAUUUCUAAUACAGACAUUUCUCCUAAUUCUAAAACUAAUGCUAAACCUAACAAAAUAGUGUCUAACCUGCCACGAGUUUUUGCUGACUGGACCUAUAUGAAAGAAAAUUUCUGUUUGGAAGAUUAUGAUUGUAACUGGUUACAGAAUAGUUAUUGUGAAUAUUCUAAAAGAAAAUGUGUUUGUGACCAUCGGUAUACACUCAUCGAAAAUAAGUGUUACGAGAAAGUUUUUCCGAAAAGCAGAAAAUCUACACAAAUCACAAACAUAUUGAUUAUAGUAUGCGUCGUUUCUGUGCUAAUCGCUGGAAUCUUCAUAAUACUUUUAAUAUAUUCAAUUAAAAAGAGAUUACUUGAUAUACGAAUGAGAACUGAAAAUCGGCCAACUUCUCAACUCGAAGAUUUUGAAUCUUAUGAUACUACCUGUUAUACAAUAGAAACAGUUCAUGAGGAAAUAGACAGACCACCAUCUUACGAGGAAAUAAUAAGGACUUCUGCAAGCACAUGCGAUUUAAUAACUCAUGAAAUGAUAUCUGACGUAUCCUGUCCCAGUUAUGCAGCAGUAAUGAUGCAGCAGCAGCAGCAGCAGCAACAGCAACAACAACAAAGAAUACGUUCUUUUUCACUGUAAUAUUAUUAAGUAACGUUUAUUCUGUAAAUAGUUUUUCAGAAUAAAAUUUAUUAAACUUUA